GUGGGCUCCUGGAACACGUGACGGGGCCCGGAAGCGGCCACCCGGCGGCUAGGGGGAUGGCGAGGGCUCGGCGCUGAGGCGGGGCCCGGGGGGCUGUGCUGAAGCGGGAGCCGGAGCCGGAGCAAGUGGUGGAACCCGAGCGCUACCAUGUCCACACAGAGACUUCGGAAUGAGGACUACCAUGACUACAGCUCCACGGAUGUGAGCCCAGAGGAGAGCCCGUCCGAAGGUCUCAACAACUUCUCUUCCUCCAGCUCCUACCAGCGGUUUGGGGAGAGCAACAGUACAACAUGGUUCCAGACCUUGAUCCACCUGUUAAAAGGCAACAUUGGCACAGGACUCCUGGGGCUGCCUCUGGCUGUGAAAAAUGCAGGCAUCUUGAUGGGUCCUCUCAGCCUGCUGGUGAUAGGCAUCGUGGCUGUACACUGCAUGGGUAUCCUGGUGAAAUGUGCUCACCACUUCUGCCGCAGACUGAAUAAGCCCUUUGUGGACUAUGGGGACACAGUGAUGUACGGCCUAGAAUCCAUUCCUGUCUCCUGGCUCCGGAACCAUGCACACUGGGGAAGGCACAUUGUGGACUUCUUCCUGAUUGUCACACAGCUGGGAUUCUGUUGUGUCUACUUUGUUUUUCUGGCUGACAACUUUAAGCAGGUGAUAGAAGCAGCCAAUGGGACCACCACCAACUGCCACAACAAUGAGACGGUGGUCCUGACGGCCACCAUGGACUCACGCCUCUACAUGCUCACCUUCCUGCCUUUCCUGGUGCUGCUGGUUUUCGUCAGGAAUCUCAGAGCCCUGUCCAUCUUUUCCCUGUUGGCCAACAUCACCAUGCUGGUCAGCCUAGUCGUGAUCUACCAGUACAUUGUUCAGAGGAUACCAGACCCCAGCCACCUCCCCUUGGUAGCACCCUGGAAGACCUACCCACUGUUCUUUGGCACGGCCAUUUUUGCAUUUGAAGGCAUUGGGAUGGUUCUGCCCCUUGAAAACAAAAUGAAGGAUCCCCGGAAGUUUCCGUUCAUCCUGUAUGUGGGCAUGGCUAUCAUCACUGCCCUCUACAUCAGCCUGGGGUGUCUGGGGUACCUACAGUUUGGAGCUCACAUUCAAGGCAGUAUCACCCUGAACCUGCCCAACUGCUGGCUGUACCAGUCGGUUAAGCUGCUCUACUCCAUCGGCAUCUUCUUCACUUAUGCCCUGCAGUUCUAUGUCCCAGCCGAGAUCAUCAUCCCUUUCUUUGUGUCCCGAGUGCCUGAGCGUUGUGAGCUGGUGGUAGACCUGUUUGUGCGCACUGUGCUGGUCUGCUUGACAUGCAUCUUGGCCAUCCUCAUCCCCCGCCUGGACCUGGUCAUCUCCCUGGUGGGCUCUGUGAGCAGCAGUGCCCUCGCCCUCAUCAUCCCGCCCCUCCUGGAGAUCACCACCUACUACUCGGAGGGCAUGAGCCCCCUCACCAUCGCCAAGGACGCCCUGAUCAGCAUCCUGGGCUUCGUGGGCUUUGUGGUGGGGACGUAUGAGGCCCUCUAUGAGCUGAUCCAGCCAAGCAAUGCUCCCAUCUUCAUCAACUCCACUCGUGCCUCUGUAUAGCAAAUGCACCUGCCCACCUUACCCCUGCAUGUUCCCCAGCUCCUGGCCCCAGAGUCUCAAGUUGGGCCCAGGAUCUGGAAGAAGGCCUGGUUGCUGUUUGGAAACCCCUCUACCUGACAGCUAGGUACCCAGGGCCAGUCGGGGUUGAGGGCAGGGGGAGAGUGGGUGGCAGGUGUGCAGGAGGUACCUCUAGCAGUGGUGCCGUCUCUGACCCCUUGUACUCACCUUAACCCAGAUCUUCUCAGUUCCCUCUUCACGCCUCCUCCCUUACCUGCCUCCCUCACCCAAAUCAUUCCUGUUGCACAACUCACUUUAUUUAAAAAUUUUAGCACCCCCACCUCAUGUUUUCUCCUUUCCCAGACUGGGCCUAGAUUAAAUACAUGGAUAAUUACCCCUCUUCAUAAGGCUGGGCCUCCUCAUAUAACAGAUGUUUUACCUCAAUAUUCUCCUACCUAUUCGGGUCUCCAGGAGGUGCCUGGACCUUCCUAAUCAUUUUAAACCAGCCCCAAGCCUGGAGUUUUUGAUCUUUCCUUUCUGGCUUGCUGCGACUCGGCAGCACUCUCUCCUCUCUGAACUCCUCAUAUGGAUCAGAGUACUGCGUUCUUCAUUGCUUUAGCUCCUGAAGAUAUCAAGUGCUGCCUAAAUGGAAUAUAUUUAUAUUUUAUUUAAAAGAAGGUAGGUUUUGUUGGUCUCUGUCUCUAGAUCUGGGGUUAUGAAGAAUUGUUACUUUCUUAGUAAACUUUACUCAGCUUCUCCUGCUGAAAAGAAAGCUGCUCUAGGAAAUGUCUGCUUAGGUACUCAGCACUCUUGGCUGGCCUUAAUCAGGAUCAUCUGAAUGUGUACACCUCCCACUGACCAGCCUGAUUUCAUAUUGGGAAGAUAGGGAAGACUCAGGAAUAUUUGCCUGUGCACUAGGCCAAGGGAACGACGGUGGAGUGGGAUGUGACCCAUCCAUGGGAGGCUUGUAAAAUGGUCACUUUGGGCGUUCAGGCCUAUUUUUCACCCUCAGACCCUUGUAGGCAAAUGGCAUGGCAGUGUUCAGUUGCUGUCAUGCCAGGAAGACACCCACACUGUUGUCAUGGAUGACAACAUGAGGCCAGUGUGCACAGAGAGUGUGAAAUUAAGUUCAUAGAAUUACAAGUAGCUGGUCUGAUGCUGGGUGUGGUGCUUGAUUGUUUACAGUCAAUGGGGGAUGGGGCAGAAACAGUGCUCUGCCCCAGGCUGCCUCCGUGACUUGGAUUAAAGGAGCCACUUGCCGGGGCUUAGGUCUCCUUUGUUCUGAACACUAAUUGUGAACCCUGUCCCUCUCCCCACAUGCCUCUGAGUAUCCGAAGUAGCCUCAGGGUUGGCUUACUUCAAGUCAGCCUGCAGAUUUGGGGACAAACUGCAGAGCAGGCGGAGGAAGUCACACUGCCUUGUUUCUGGCCACUGCCUCUUCCCCCUUGGUGUGGAAGUCUUGUACAAGGGCAUUCAUUAACUCUGCAUCUCCUGAGCUCUUUGUGUGUGUGUAUUCAUGCAUCUGUAACAGGUCCUGAUCUCCUCCACCCCUGUCACCAGGCUCUUGCUUACCUGGCGAUAUGGUUCAUUCACCCUGAAAGCUGGGAGGGCAGCACAGCUCUGUAGGGGUUCUGUUUUGGUUUCACCAAAGCUUGUAAGGGCUGUGACCCACCCCCACGCCCCAGCUUUUUCUUUCUCUUCUGUUCCAAAGCCAAACUUCAUAGUGACUCCCAACCUACCUAAGAAUUUAUUAACUUAGGAAGAUGUAAUCAGUGGUGACUUGGUCACCCUUAGGAGAAUGGCACCUUCGCCGACCCUUUCUGCCCUUGGUUGGUCACUGACAGGUGCUUAUAUGACCCAAGGUUCUAGCGGGGGUAGCAGCGGCUCUGCCUUCUGAAGCCUGAGGCUUAGAAAUUAUCCAAGUGGGUUCAAGAACUGUCAUCUCCUGUUCGCAAGCUUGGGCUCCCCCAGUCUCCCCCAGUGGUCCUGACGGUUGUUUUGAGUGAGAAGACUUAUGCCAGCAGAAGGGGGUCAGAUGUGUGUCCUGCCCACAGCCUCUCUGAUGGAGGCUUCUGUGCACUCAGGGAGUGGUUAGAGUCAGCCCUGUCCACGUGGGUAGUGAGACUGGGACUGUGAUACUGUGGCCUGAGGACCGGAUGGCACAAUACUGAGGUCCUCUGGUCCCAGAUAAUAGCAAAAUGCAGACUAACUGGUUCAGAGUCCCUGGCCCAGAGAACGUGGUGUGCAGGAGAGACAGCUCUAGCUUUGGGGCUUCUGGAAGCUACUUUGUCAUCCAUCACCUUCUCCCUGUUUGAUCCCUUUCCUGAGUUCCUGCUGCCUUUGACAGGCUGAUUCUGAAGACCCAGGCCAGGCAGACCCAGUCAAUGGACCUCCCUGGUUGUGCCAUUACAUAGCGAUUAGGUGUCGAGUAAAGAGUCAGCCAGAAGGUGGUAGCAGGGGGAAGCCCGUCCUCCUCCUCUGGAAGCAGCCCCUGGGCCAGCUCAGGGAACCUUACACUGCUACUCAUGGGGCUUCUUCAGUCAGGGAGCCCUCCCUGGUUUCUUCCAUUGCUUGUUAGGAACCAGCUGCCCAGCCUGUCACCGUGCACUGCUCUGGGCCUGCUGAGAAAGUCCCAGCACAAGUAGAAGUCUGAUCAGGGAGCAGCAGAGCAGAGGUUUGGAGUGUGAAGCUGUGUCUGCCCGCCAGAGGCAGACCAUGAGGUUCCUGGCCCAAUACCUUUAGGCUCUGUGUCCUUCCCCUGACCUCCCCACAGCAGCCCCAGGCUGGUUUAGCCCAGAGGUAGCUUCUCAGAGCCCCAUGUUCCCUCCUGCAAAGACUGCUGUGGGGAGCAGGUUUCUAACUCUUCUGUCGGCAGUGUGCCUCCCCUGAAAUGCAGGUACUUGCUGGGAAGAGCACGACCUGGCAUUUUCUAGUCAGUGCCUAGAAGUUGUCGUUAUUUACACGUGGCAUUAUUUAUAUCAUGCUGCUAUCUGGCUGCUAGGAGCCCUUCAUCUGCACACACGUUGGUCAGAUGCAUGCCAAUGUGUGGCUUGUCUUAGUUUAGAACCUGCAGUGCACGGCUUCCCUCUCUGUGACUCUCCUCUCCAAAUUCAUUGGCUGAUGCUCAUGACUUACUCUCUAUCCCAUGAAACAUAAAAUUUGCGGUUUUAUAGGUUGUCUUAAAGUGAUGAUCCCAAACAGGAUGUUAGGGAGAUAUUCCCCUCCCUCCCUGUUUGUUUUCAAAUUUCUCCGUUACUAAGUUGUAGAAUAUCAUCUCUGUUUAACACUCCAUGUUCACCUCAUGUUUUUUGGAAGGGCAAAAAUCUCUAUUUAUGUCUGUUAUGCUCUCUUUGUUUGCUACUCAGAGCAAAGGGGUCUGUAUCAGCGGGUUUUAUUUCAUAGUUGAUCAGAGGUUAAGGUGGACCUCAGCGUCAGCCUCUGUUAGAACAUGAAGCUGCCCCCUCACAGUGGAGACACAAAGUGCAGGUGGCCUACUUGGUAUUUAGGGAGUCAGCUCCAAGUCUGCCUUAGAAUUAAGUUUUCUAAAGUACAUUAUGAAUCUCCAAGAGCAUUAGAGGAAAAGGAGAGGAUUAUCUUUGAAGUCAUGGUUAAUACUUUUAGACUGUUAGUCCUACCGGUUGCAAGGCUGUUUGCUCUGACGGCAUCAGCUUGUUAUAUUUCUUCCCUGUCCUUUGUACCACUGAGUCACUCCCUGAUCAAGGGACAUAAACAGUGCAGAUAUGAGGUCACCACAGGGGGUCGGGGUGGGGGCUUGAGGGGAUGGGUACCUGCUGUAAGUUGUGUCCUUUUGUUUAAAUCAAGGUGAUGCUGGGGAAGCUAUUUUGUUUUAGUGAACAAUAAAAUGGUGUGAACUCCUUUGUAAAAAACAUGUCAGUGGAUGUGUGAAUAAGAGGAAUAUGAAAAACUAGAGUCCAUCCUGUCUUUGUAACCAGACAGUACUGUGUAUUUUAUGUGCCUGGAUGUAUACAUGGAUGUAUAUUUCCCACAUGGUGUGUGUAGAGAUGUGGAUCAUGCAGCAGUGUAUAGAAAAUCUUACUUUCAGCUCUACACACAGAUCAUGUGUUAAAACUUUUCCUUUUCAAUAAAUGAAUUUUAUUUUUUAUUUUUAAGAGGU